AUGGCCGGACCACCGCACUUCGACCGCCACCGCUCGGCACUGCCGCCGCGUGGACAACGAAGUCGUCCUCACAGUAGGGCUCACCAAGACCACGCUCCGAGCUCGACGUUGUUGCUGCGCGCUUUGCCGCGCACCGUGAACGACGAAAUGAUUCUGAGCGCGUUGCAACGUUUUCGACCGUUACACGCUCGAGUGGUGUACGAUGAGGUUUCUGGAGACUCUCGUGGGUUCGCCUACGUGGACUUUGAGUCGGUGGAAAAUGCCAUGGACGCCAUGCGUGCUUUUGAAGUAGAGGCUCUGGUGCUAGAGGAUCGUGCAGUGGACGUCAAGUACACGGACGGGUGUCGUCGGGACGCUGACUCUGGUCGACCGAAAGGCUUGACUGCAGGCUCUCGACACCAGACACCACACUAUGAAAGUCAGCGCCAAGAAGAAGAAGAAGAAGAAGGAAGCUGGCAACCGCGGUCAGACUGGAUGUGCGACGAUUGCAAUGUGACGAACUGGGCUCGUCGAGCAAGCUGUGUUCAGUGCAAAGCACCUAAGACAGCUCGUACAAAAGAUGUUCCGGAAACGGCAGCAUAUCGAGCGGAGCACAUGCGGGGUCGUGACAAUUCUUACGGCGAAGAAAGAUCAGGGAGCAGCAGGUCAUUGCUUGGUACUUCGUCAAGGGAUAGUGGGCUGGCUUUGCACAGACGAGAAGACCGUGCCAACGGUGGUCUGAGUAUCCCUCCAUCGCGAGUGCUUGUAGUGCGCAUGCUUCCGCCCGCUAUUGAAGAAGGCGAGCUUCACGUGGCAUUCGCGGAGUUCGACGGUGUUCAGGACAUCCGUCUCAUUCGAGACCGCGUCACGAAGUUAUCACGAGGGUUCGGCUUUAUCGAGUUCCGCGACGUCGAAGCCGCGACAAACGCCUUGAAGAAAUCCGAAGGCUUUACUGUGCAAAACAAUCGCGUCGAGAUAUCGUAUGCGCGCGAUACUCUCUCCAACAGAUCACGCUAUUCGCCAUACGCGCCUCAAGAGUUGCGCACUGGUAGCUCCUUGGCAGUCACCGCGUUAGAGCAAGCUCAGUGGUCGCUUUCACAGGGACGCGGAGCGGACGUGGCGCAAAAUGAUCAGCAGAGCAGCGUCGCGGCAGACGUCAGCGCGUUGUUGGAUAGCGCUGCAGCUCAAGUGGUUCCUCAGUUCGAAGAACCGAAGAAACCGUGGCCAGCACCGUUCGAGACAGCAGGCGGCAACUACGUGUAUGUAGGCGAGAAUGGUUUGUACUGGGACCCAGACAGCUUGUUCUACUAUGAUCCACCUACCAGGGUAUACUACAACUCGUUCACAGGCACGUACUACCAGUGCGUGAACCCUGCGAGUUGUGGAGCAGCAGCAUUCCAGGAGUUUGUGCCGCCUCUGCCUGUCGACGACGAAGCAUACCAAGAAGCAUGUACAGCUGUAGCAGUAGCGAACAAGCCAGCGUUGAGCAUGUCGCUCAAAAAGGACAAGAAGAAGACUUCAGGUAUAUCGUUCAGUAUCAAGACCACUGCUUUCACCUCGACAUCGCUGGCUUCGAGCAAGGCUAGCUCGAUGAAGAGCAGUGUCGGUGCGAUUCCUGCUGCUGCUGUCAAUGUUGCUAGUGGGUUGAAGCGCAAGAGUGCAGGCGAUAUCGCGAAGUGGUCACAGCGACAGCAAGAAGCAAAGAAAAAGAAGAGUGAAGAUGUCGGUAGCACACCUGUCCAGCAUCAACAGCAGCUGCGUGGUGGACCGCCAGCUGUUUCGACUGCUGACCGUGGCGAGGCCACAAAGUCUGUGGAUUCUUCGCAGCAACGAGCAGCGGCCAGUGCUGUCAAUAGCGCUGUGGAUUCUGUCAUUCAUGCGCUGACCGACGUCCCACAAGAAGCACCCAUUUGUCUGCUCUGUAGACGGAAGUUUGGAUCUCUAGACAUAUUGCGCAAACACGAAACGCUGUCCAAGUUGCACAUGGCCAACUUGGCUAAGGCGAAAGAGAACAAGCAGCACAUCGCUGCACAACAGCGUGAACAUGAAAUCGAGAUGCAGCAGCUUGCCAAGAAACAGCGUCAAGACAAGAACGCGCCAUGUUCUGCACCCGUCGGAACAGAUCGGUGGAGCGCUACCACUGCAGCUAUCAAAGUCGAUCCUGAGCCUACUCUGGAGUCCGGCAUUGGUGGCAAGAUGCUGAAGAUGAUGGGCUGGAAAAGCGGCGAGGGUCUCGGGAAGCACAACACAGGCAUCACUGCUCCAAUUGAAGCUACGAGCGGUCGGAGCGAUCUAGCCGGUCUGGGAUGUAAGGCACCACUUUCAGCCUCGGUAGACCUCUCGGAUGCCACCUCGGACAAAGAACGCCGCCAGCGACUGGCUCGUGCUCGGUACGAAGCUGACAGUGCAUAA